GGGAAAAAUGUUGAUACAAUUUCUAGAAAAUUCAGAAUACAUAUGAUAGUGUUCUAGUUGUACUGUAUACUGUAUGUAUUAUAAGUACUUGCUGACAAGUAAGGACCAUAGAUGAGGGGGUGGUAAGGACUUGCUAAGACUGACAAGCUACUGCAUUAACAAUGAGUGACAGAAGAAAUGCUGAUGAAGAUGAUGCACCUUACUCAAGACUAUUUGUAGUGGGGGCAAGAGAUUUAAGGGAGGAUGAUAUCAAAAAUGCUUUCAAUAAGUUUGGUGAUGUUAAGGAUGUGUGGGCUGUAAAAGACAGGAAUUCUGGCGACUAUAGAGGUAUAUUCUACGUAAAAUAUUAUAAAACUUCACAUGCAGCUCUGGCUCUCGAAGAGAUGAGAGGUACCAACUUAGGUGGAAGACCCCUAAAAGUAAUGAUUGCGCAUAAUCGUGAAGCAGGUCAGGGCCAGGACUUCAAACCAGACAUCGAGGAAGAGGAUCUUAAAAGAUUGUUUAUUGUGGUGUCAAAAACUGCGGACGACAACGAACUCCAUACUCACUUCAAACAAUUUGGUCCACUGGCGUUUGCCUCUAUCGUUCAGGAUAGAGAAACUAAACAAAACAAACCAUUCGCUUAUGUUAAAUUUCAUAAGUUUUCAGAUGCAGCUCAGGCAAUAGAGAAAUGUGAUAAGAAAUACAAAGCCGUUUUUGCGAAACCACGUAAAUCUAGAGCUGAGCUGGAGAGUGCUAGGCCUGAUCCAUAUCGAAAUAUUGCGAGGCCUGAUUUUCCGUCUUGGCCAAGGAACGAUAGAGCUCCUCCUCCUCCGUUGGAUGUCAAAGAGGAUGGAUAUUUUGCCUUAGGUGUAAUUGCCAGCUACUCAGUGAACCAAAGCCAACUUUGGAAAUUGUUUGAUAUUGUUCCUAGCAUGGACUAUUGCCAGGUACAGUACGACGAAAACAGGGGCCAAUCAAAUAAAUAUGAAGUGGUGUAUAAAAACGAAUAUUGGGCGGAAUAUGCCCUAGAAAAAUUCCACGGUUUUGAGUAUCCACCAGGAGAACGGUUGAUUGUUAAAGCUAUCAAAUCAACUGAAGGUGGUUUUAGCAAUGGCAAUAGACAAAAACGGUCAGCAUCCUCGGAUUUUGGCAACUCAUAUGAAAUUAUGAGACUUGCAGAAACGAUUGCUCAGGCUAAUUCGUUGAUUCAAGAGAAGACUGGAAUGUCAGCAGACAGCGGAAGAUUAGGUUUAUUGCCAGACCCAUACGAAAGUGGUUCGAUGUGCAGUAAACCAUUACCUCCUCGUCAACCAAUGGCAGAUAAAGAUGCAGAAGUUGUAGCAAGGUGUUUCGUGGUUUGCAUCCCACAUCCACGUUUAAAUCAAGCAAUGCUUAAAGACAUCUUCUGCAGGUUUGGAAAUUUGAUAGAUGUGUACAUGCUUCACCACAAAAAUUAUGGAUACGCCAAAUAUGCGAAGAAGCAAUCAGCAGAAAAAGCCAUAGAAGUAUUAAAUGGAAUAGAAAUGAAAGGCAUACGCUUAUCGGUGGUCGAAGCACAAGAAAGAAAACAAGAUAAAAGACAAAAGUUGGAUUUGGACUCAUCGAUAGAAUCAGUAUACUAGAUUCCCAUGAAAACUAUAUACUACUGCAGACCUUACCUAUUAUAGCAGACCAGAAGUUAUUUACGAAUCACAUGACUACCUUUACUCAGACGUUUGACAUGUACGACACACAAAACCUUUAAAAUCCAUCACUUAACAUUAAUAUCGUUAUUUGCUUAUUUUUAGGAAUCUUAUGUCUUAUUAUUUUGAGUUAUAUUGUGUAAUCGUAUUAAAUAAACUUUAAUAAACACAG